UAAGAUUAUAUACUAAGAGGCAAUUAAGGUUAGGCGGCAUAGUUCUUUCUCCGUCUAUCUCCCUCUUAAGCUUCUUAGUCUAACUUCCUCCAACGGCACGCCGCUUACAACGUUAGAAGAGAGUAAUCUUGUAUACUCAUGGCUAUUAUUUCCCUUCCAUAGAUCAUAGAUGGGAUGUGGAUUCACGCUCAUACUUAUAAAAAUCUGAUAUCGGAGUUUCAACACUUGGUAUAAGAGAGAGUGGUGCAAACCUUCCGCUAAAGUGAAAUUAUUUGAAUCUAUGCUGUUUUUGGAGGGUCGGUUCACAUGUCAUCUUCUUCGUACCUGGUACUGGCCGGAAUUAUUGGACACACAAGAUUUGGAUGGGUUCAUGGGUCAACCAAAUUUUGGCAGGUCAGACUCGAAUGCUGAUUUUGUGGCUGAUUUGCAUACUCCGAAAUUUCUCAACAAAAUACGUGCAUCAGGAGUUCCAAACCAUGAGUUAACCCGAAAGGUUGGCACUCCGAUAAUGCUUUUAAGGAAUAUUGAUCAUUCGAUGGGACUUUGCAAUGGGACGAGGUUAAUUGCUACACGACUUGGAAAUCACAUCUUAGGGGCAAAAAUUAUGGGCGGAAAAUAUGUCGGGCAUGAAGUUGUAAUUCCGAGGUUAAGCUUAACUCCUUCAGAUCACGUUCAAGUUUCAGAGAAGACAACUUUCAGUAAUGACCUCUUAUGCGAUGACUAUAAAUAAGAGUCAGGGACAAUCUUUGUCCAAUGUUGGACUUUUAUUGAAAAAGUCAGUUUUCACGCAUGGUCAGCUGUAUGUUGCAGUGUCAAUGGUAACAAAUCCUAAAGGUUUGAAGAUAUGGAUAUAUAUGCGAUGAAGAUGGUCAACCAACUGACCAUACCACCAAUGUAGUUUAUAAGGAAGUUUUUCGCAAUGUGUAGGCUGUGAAACUCUAUUUAACGUUUACAUUUUUCUGCUUAUUCCCAAUCAUACUUACUACCUAUCUCUGCUUUUCC